UGUAAAAACCCCGAAGGCGAUUAAGCAACCUUCUACGAGUGUAGUAGUGUUCGCUCACACCUGUUCGCUCUCACCUGGACGUCCAAUUAAAUCCCUAACCCUAGGGCCCCUGGGAGAAAACGAAGAAGUAGAAAGCAGAGAAGAGGGGGGAGAGGAAGAACGUGAAAGACGAACCAGUGAAUCAUGGCGACGGACGUGCUAUCAAAUGGUCCGCAUAGUCUCGGCGGCCCUAUGGAGCCUACUGCUGCUACGCCCCACCUGGUGAUCGACCCCUCUCAAAUUGACGUCUCGAGGGUCGACCUCGAUUCCAUCCAGCUUCCUCCCGGCGAGAACUUCGGCAUCAUAAGCGAUGAUGAGGAUGUGAUCGAGAGUGAGAACCUAGACUUCGAUUCUGGGUUCGAGAACGUCAUUGUAGUCGAUAAUCUUCCUGUUGUCGGCCUCGACAAGUUUGAGAAGCUAGAGGGUGUCAUCCGUAAAAUUUUUGGGCAGAUCGGAACCAUCAAGGAGAAGGGUCUCUGGAUGCCUUUGAAUCAGGAUACCCAGAAGACUCAUGGAUACUGCUUCAUCGAGUUCAGUAGCAAGCAGGAAGCAGAGUCAGCUAAGGAGAAGACAAAUGGCUACAAGCUGGAUAGAUCACAUAUAUUUGCCGUGAAUAUGUUUGACGAUUUUAAUAGAUAUAUGAAAGUUCCUGAUGAGUGGGCUCCUGCUGAAAUCAAGCCAUAUACACCUGGGGAAAACCUACAGAAAUGGUUAACUGAUGAAAAAGCCCGUGAUCAGUUUGUUAUACGUUCUGGCACGGACACUGAGGUGUUGUGGAAUGAUGCACGACAACUGAAGCCUGAACUUGUCUAUAGUCGCCGGCACUGGACAGAGAAGUUUGUGCAGUGGUCCCCUCUAGGUACAUAUUUGGCCACAGUACACAGGCAGGGAGCUGCUGUUUGGGGAGGCGCUGCGACGUUCAACCGGUUAAUGCGAUAUGCACAUCCUCAGGUUCACCUUAUUGAUUUUUCGCCUGGAGAAAAGUAUUUGGUUACAUAUAGCAGCCAUGAACCGAGCAACCCUCGAGAUACACAGACGGUGGUGCUCAACAUUUUUGAUGUGCAAACUGGUAAAGUGAUGCGAGAGUUUAAAGGACGUGCUGAUGAGUUUGCCACUGGUGGAACAGGAGGUUUAGCUGGUGUGACAUGGCCUGUAUUUAGAUGGAGCGGUGGGAGGCAAGCCAAAUAUUUUGCUAGAAUUGGCAAAAAUGCAGUCAGUGUCUAUGAGACAGAGACUUUUGGGCUCCUCGACAAGAAAUCUAUUAAGGUUGAAAAUGUUAUGGAUUUCAGUUGGUCUCCUACUGAUGCCAUCUUGGCGCUGUUUGUUCCUGAGGGAGGUGGUGGAAACCAGCCUGCCAGGGUUAGUCUUCUUCAAAUUCCUGAGAAACAGGAGGUGAGGCAGAAAAAUCUCUUCAGCGUUAGUGACUGCAAGAUGUAUUGGCAAAGCAAUGGUGACUAUCUUGCUGUAAAAGUUGACAGAUACACCAAGACAAAGAAAAGCACAUAUACUGGCUUUGAGCUCUUUCGCAUAAAAGAACGAGAUAUUCCAAUUGAAGUUUUGGAGCUUGAGAACAAAAAUGACAAAAUUAUUGCCUUUGCCUGGGAGCCUAAAGGUCACCGAUUUGCUGUCAUCCAUGGCGAUAGCCCACGGCCUGAUGUUAGUUUCUACACCAUGCGAACUGCUCAUCACACUGGUCGUGUCUCAAAGCUCACUACAUUGAAAGGCAAACAAGCCAAUGCUCUGUAUUGGUCUCCUACAGGCCGCUUCAUUAUCCUUGCUGGCAUGAGGGGUUUCAAUGGCCAACUUGAGUUUUACAAUGUUGAUGAGCUUGAGACCAUGGCAACAGGGGAGCAUUUCAUGGCAACUGAUGUAGAAUGGGAUCCUACAGGGAGAUAUGUUGCCACAUCCGUUACUUCUGUUCAUGAAAUGGAGAAUGGUUUCCAUAUCUGGUCUUUCCAUGGCAAGCUGUUGUACAGGAUACCACGAGACCACUUUUACCAGUUCUUAUGGCGUCCACGGCCACCAACGCUCUUGUCACCAGAGAAAGAGGAGGAAAUUUCAAAGAACUUGAAGAAGUACAGUAAGAAGUAUGAAGCAGAGGAUCAGGAUGUCUCAUUGUUGUUGAAUGAGCAGGAUAGGGAGAAGAGAAGACUACUGCAAGAGGAAUGGGAUGGAUGGCUGAAGGAAUGGAAACAGCUCCACGAAGAAGAAAAGAUAUACCGGCAGGACUUGCGGGAUGGGGAGCCAAGUGAUGCGGAGGAAGAAUACGAGGCUAAGGAAGUGGAGGUGGAAGAGAUCUUGGAUGUUACUGAGGAAAUUGUUAAUUUUGCCGACGAACAGGAGUAAGAGGAGUUAAGACUGAACCCUGCCUUGAUAUCUCGCCGUCCGAAGUUUUGAGUCUAUUUCUACUUUUGUUUCUUGAUAGUCUUUUAAGGUCUGUCGAGCUAAAGCCUCGAUCACUGUUGAGAAUUUCUUUUUGCUGGAGAGCAUCGAAUGUACAAGUACUCGAUGUUUUGCAUAUCUAAUCUAAUGGGAAUCCUUUUAUUA